AGUGUGGUCCUGCUCUGUUGUUCGGUAUCGGGUGCGGAUAUCGCAAUGUUCCGGCUUCUCGUUGCCUGCCUGGUGGCGACCCAGCUCGUCCCGUCAUGGUGCUCCUCCCCGGCGGAUCUGCCAGAAGAUGAGGAGGACGAGGCGAUGUUCCAAACGCGGUCUGAUUUCGAGGAGUUCAAAGUGGCUUACAAAAGGAGUUAUGACGGAGAGGAAGAAGAGAAUCGCCGUUUCCAGAUCUUUGUGGAGAACAUGAAGAAGGCUCAGAUGUUUGAGAAGGACGAAACAGGAACGGCCGAGCAUGGAAUCACCGAAUUCAGUGACAUGACAGAUGAAGAAUUCAAUCAGUUCUACCUCAACCCGGUAAUGAUGAACGACUCAUCCUGGAUGGAGGAGAUGGCGAAGAUACCCAUGGCCGAACCCCUGCCAGAAUGUCGGAUAACACGCCAAUGGGACUGGCGUAGCAAAGGAGCUGUAACUGUGGUCAGAAAUCAGAGGAGGUGCUCUGCGUCCUGGGCUUUUGCGUGUGUCGCCAAUGUCGAGUCGCUGUGGUACCUGAAGACGAAAAGACUGACUGUCCUCUCGGAGCAAGAGCUUCUGGACUGUGACAGGUACGACGGGGCUUGUACCCCCCUCAGCGGGUUCUACGGUAUAGUACGUCUGGGGGGGUUGAUGUCUCAAAGGCGAUACCCCUACAAGGCCAGGAAGUGUACGUGCAGGCAGGUACGCCAGAGACGUGUCGCCAUCGUAAAGACCUUCCGAAGCAUCACCCCUUAUGAGCAAGAAAUGCAGAGGUGGGUGUACCGAAGGGGACCCAUCGUCGUCUCAAUGAACGGCAUCCUGCUGAAAACCUACAGGAGGGGAAUACUGCGGCCUAGCUCAUUCAGGUGCCCUUCGAACAAUUUCAACACCGUCGUGUGCAUUGUGGGAUACGGCUACCAAAGGAGGAUGCCGUACUGGAUCGUGAAGAAUAGCUGGGGACAGACAUGGGGAGAGGGGGUAAGAUUUUCACUCCACCUUGGGGAGAAGUGCUGUGGAGUGAAUCGCUUCCCAAUGACUGCAGUUCUUUAA